CGUCCCUCACGGAGCGUUACUAAGUCCAAACUUAUUUUCUAUGUUCGGAUCCGUUGUUCUUCUAGCACAUUCUUAAGCCAGCAUGAUACACUCAAUUAGUAGUUGGAAUCUAGCACGAUCGCCUAAUUAUAAAACCAAUACCGACUUACUGUAUCCAUACUCUGAAGUACCUUACAUCGGUAACUACAAACUUGUACGAUUGCCAUUACCUGACGACAAUUUUGUCGAUCAUGUGGACUAUUGGGGAGAAGGUAGAAUUAACAUAAAGGCGGGAUCCAGUGGUUACAUAAAUUGUUACAAUGUAAACCAUCAAUAUCAGCUUGUAAGCAAUGGACCUGAUCGAGACAAAAAGAUUCCAAACAGAAUACCUGUCAUAAGCUAUACGAAUUGCAACACUAGCGGUUAUAUAAAAGAUAAUUCCGUUAAAUUGGUGACUCUUAUGGGAGCACCGAUCAACAAAAGUUGUGCAGACGAUAUUGCACGAAUAGUAAAUUCUCGUGAAGGCAAAGUAAUUGUAUAUGGAUUUAAGAGUGAUGCACCUGAUAUAAGGAACCUAGACGCAGCGUUAAAAGAAAAAGGUCUUUACACCUGUGAUCGUUACAAUCUGAACAUGUUGUUAAAAAGUAUCACAUUGUUUGAUGAAAACGACUACAGAGCAUACAUAAACGUAACUGAUUUAGGUGAAGAACUUUAUAACAACGUGCUCGAUAAUAAAAUUGAAGAUGCUGUAAAUAUUGCCAAUACUUUAAAAAAUAAUGAAAAUGGAAGCAAAAUUGUUGAAAUCGUUAACAAACUUCUUGAAAAUGAAAAUAAAAAUAUUAUGGAAUUCGCCUUUAACUUGUGGAAUACUGACAACAGAGAUAUUAUUACAAAUUACUUUCCUAUUGCUUUCAAGUUGAUUUUCAAUAAAGAUUUUGUAAAGAUAAUUAAUAAAUAUAAUAUGUUUAGUUUAAGAGUGGAUGAAACUGAAGACUCUAUAAAAGAAAGAAUAGUCCUUGGCGAUAGAAAGGAUAAAGCAAGCGUAAAUGUUCGUUGGGAAGUCAUUCCAGUCUAUGAAAGCAAUAGUUUAUAUUUCAAAAUUAUGGAUAUGGAGUAUGGUACAUUAUUAAGACUCGCCGAUAAUGAAGGAGAUAAAAAAGCAAAAGCAUCUUCCAACGAUGAUUCAAAAGCUCAUUGGUUACUAGUACCAAUCAAAGUUGAUGAUGAUAUUCUGUUCUAUAUUUUAAAUAAAGAAUAUAAUCAAGGUUUGAAACUUAGUGACGCGAGUGAUGAAUAUGAAAAUAAACAACUUUUUGGACAUAACGGAUCUGUUCGUGGACAUCCUGAGUUGUACGGAUGGUUUAUUGCUCCGUGGUAA